CUCUGGGGGCGCUGGCCAAAGGGCGAUCUCUGCCCGCAGGGUGCUUGCGCUUCUGACCAUGGCUGGGUCCGCUGGCGUUUCCCCACGUGCGCUGCCUCUCUUGCGCCAGGCGCCGUUCGCCUGGCUUUGCGCCCUCGCUGCUGUCGGUGCGGUGGCCUUGGGGGCGGCCGCGGCCUGGCGUCGAAGGCGGGCUCGUGGAGAGCUGGUGCGGGUGGGGUCGGUGUCGGAGCUCUUCAUCUACCCGGUCAAGUCCUGCCGGGGGGUGUCUGUGCAGCGGGCCGAAGUGACCCGGAUGGGCCUCCGCAAAGGAGACCUUCGCGACAGGUGUUGGACUGUGAUCAAGGAAGAUGGACGUAUACUAUCUGCUAAGCAGGAACCUCGCUUGGUGCUAGUUUCUGUAACUUGUGAAUCUGGUCAUUUAACCUUAAGUGCUCCAGGAAUGAAAACACUGAGUAUUCCUGUCAAACUCCCCAUAACAAAUUCCAUCUACAAUUGCAGGCGCUUUGGAGUCCAUGCUGAAGGGAGGGACUGUGGAGAUGAAGCAGCUCAGUGGAUCACAACCUUCCUGAACUCAAAGCCUUACAGAAUGGUCCAUUAUGAAACAGAUAUGAAGACAAGGAAGCCAGUUAGUUUCCUGCCUCUGUUCCAGCCUACAGAUGAGGUUGCCUAUGCUGAAGCCAGUCCAAUCUUGUUAAUUUCUGAAGCUUCCUUGCAAGAUCUCAAUGCCCGGUUAGAGAAGAAAAUAAGAAUAACCAAUUUCCGGCCAAAUAUAGUUGUUACAGGUUGCGCUUCUUAUGAAGAGGAUACAUGGGUUGAGAUAUCGAUUGGUCAGGUGAGGCUGAAAGGACGAAUGUGUUGUCCCAGGUGUAUUUUCACAAAGGUUGAUCCAGACACUGGGAUUAUGGAUAAGAAGGAACCACUAAAAACGCUGAAAAGUUACCGCAAGUGUGAUCCUUCUGAACAACAUGCCUUUAAGAAUGAUCCCCCUUUUGGAUGGCUAUAUGGAGUUGAUAAAACUGGAACAAUCCAAGUUGGAGACCCUGUAUACAAGAUAAUCUGCUGACUGAAGUUGUGUACAGUACUUUUCAGUUGUCAUGUUUUUGGUGCCUCCUACUGCACAUACUGUACAUGCACGAUCGUCUCAAUAUGAGCAACAGCCAUUUUGUCUGAAUGGGGUGCCACAUGUUUAUUCCAGUUUAAAUACAUUUGAAUGCAUACCCU